AACCAGGUGACACUGUGUAAUCUGCCAGAUACAUGAUCAGAAUGCCGAAGCUCAUCUGCAUCAUCGGCAUCACCGGUAAUCAAGGCGGCUCCGUCGCCCAACGCUUCCUACAAGACCCAGCUUAUCAAGUAUGCGGGCUCACUCGUAACCCGGCAUCACCGGCCGCAAAACGACUCGCAGCACAGGGAGCCAGAAUCCUACAGGCCAAUCUAGACGAUGUCGACAGCCUGGUUGACGCCUUGCAGGGCGCCAACCUGAUCUUCAGCGUCACGAAUUACUGGGAACCUUUCUUCCGGGAAGACUGCCGCGCGAAGGCUGCCGAAGCCGGCAUCUCCUGUCGCCAGUACGCGUACCAGGUCGAGUAUCAGCAGGGGAAGAACAUUGCGGAUGCUGUUGCAAGGGUGGUCGACGGGCUGGAUGAGAAUGGGUUUAUUGCUUCGACGCUUAGCCAUGCGCGGAAAUCCAGUAAUGGGGCUGUUACGGAGUUGUAUCAUUUUGAUGCGAAGGCUGAUAUUUUCCCGGAUUAUGUGAGGGAGAAGUAUCCGCUAUUGGCGAGCAAGAUGUCCUGUGUGCAGACUGGGUAUUUUAUGUCGAGUUACAAGUUCGUGCCGACGGCUUAUUUUACCAAGUUGCCUGACGAUGGCGGGUUCGAAAUGAGGUUUCCUACCGCGCCUGACAAACCAGUGCCUCACUUGGAUGUCAACGCGGAUAUGGGAAACUUUGUGUACGCUGUGUCCAAAAUGCCGCCGGGUAAGAGCUACAUGGCCGAAGGGUCUACCUGUAGUUGGUCCGAGUAUAUGCGGUUGUGGUCCGACGCUACCAAGGUUCCCGGACGUUACAAACAAGUCAGCCUUGUGCAGAUGAUCGCGGCCGUUCCGGACAGGGAGUUUGGAAGGGAAGUUGGCGAUAUGUUUGUUUACUCUUCCGAUCCGGGGUAUGACGGGGGUGAUACGACGCUUCUCAAGGCAGCCGAUUUGCGAAAGUUGGGAAUUGACUGUCCGAUGAGGAGUCUCGAGGACUUUAUCCAGAAUGAAGAUUGGUCGUUGCUGCUAUCAUCAUAA